AUGGAUAAAAUUGUAUGCAGCGACAGAUCUCGCGAAAUUCUUAAAGAGUACAAUGAAAUCAACAGCUUCGCGAUGACUUUAAUUGAGAGACAGAACAAAAUGGACAUACUGAAAGUUCUUGACUUAUUGGAACAAAUGAGGCAGAAUUGGGAUUAUGAAAAAAUGAGAGCAGAAGCUGUGCAGGAAGAACUUGAUCGGAGGAAUAAGGAAAAAGACGGAAUGCGGAAAGAAAUUCGGAUCUACAGGGAGCAGCUUCGUGAUGCUCGGAGUCAGAUCGCAACUCUAAUGUCUGAUAAGAAAAGCAUGGAAUAUGAUAUUGCUGAGUGGGAAAGGAAAUUCGAACUUGUCAAUGAUCUUCUGAAGGAUCAGUCACAUUUGAGCAUAGAGGAUCGACAGAAAUUGUUUGCGAGUGGUAAUAUACGAAAUAGAAAACGUAGUACACUGCGAGAAACACGCCUCAGUUCUUUACGUGACUCGUCAGAUGGAGAAAACAUAGACUACGAUAAAACUGCCGAUACAUUUGAUAUUUCAUCGAAUGAAAUAGACGAAUCACGUUUGAGGAGUGGGAAAGUUUAUAGAAGGCAAGUGAUAUCACAUAGUAUGAUUUCGCUGACAACAAAACGUGUCUCAGCAGUGGCUAGCAAGCGACCAAAAAAAAGCACGAUGAUAAAUACCGUUGAGGAGGAAGUGGAAGCACCUUGUAAGCGAUCUAAAGAUGGGAUAGAAACACAUAUUACAACAAUGGAUACAGUGAACGCUGAACACAUUAAAUCACCUACAGCUAAAAUAGUUACCAGAAAUUCAAUGAAUCGUUCAUUGUCUGCAGCCAAUAUUCCCGAUAAGUCAGAAGAGACGCUAACAUUGCCAACAAAUACGUUGACACCACGAUGUGGAACCAGUACAACCGAUCUGAGAACUCCAUUAAGCGGCACAAAAACUUGGACUCAUGGUGCAUCAAUUUCGACACGUCCACAUACAUACACAAAUCACAGUUCAAUUCUUGGAGUUCAUUGCGAGGUGUGUAAUGGAUGGAUUGGAAUUGUUGGGAAACAGGCUUAUAAAUGCUGUGAUUGUGGUUUACACGUUCAUAAAGCAUGUGUCGAUAAUGCACCUAUACCUUGCGUGCCACGAACUCCAACAUCUCGGACACCUGCCAAACAGCGUCCACGCUUGAAGGAUUUAUGUCCUUCCACGCAGCCUAUGAUACCACCAAUUCUUAUUCAUUGCAUUUUGGCUCUAGAAAAGAAUCGACUAUGCUCAGAGGGUAUUUACCGAAUUCCUGGGGAUGAUAGUCAGGUUCAGAAAUUAUUAAAUGAAUUUCAAAAUGGUCGCUUCGUCCCGAAAUUGGAUUAUCAUGACACGGAAACAAUAACGAGCUGCGUUAAGCAAUUCUUAAAUAAGCUACGGGAUCCAGUAAUUCCGAGCACAUCUUGGGAGGAAUUUGUUAAUGCAGCCAAAACGAAUGAUAUUGAAGCUCUGAAUCAAGCAGUUAUGGAUUUACCCUAUCCAAAUCGAGAUACACUUGCUUUUCUCUGUGCUCAUUUUCAAAAGAUUUGUGAUAACUGCAUUCAAAACAAGAUGCCUCGAAAUAUCCUAGCACGUUGUGUCGCGCCAAUGAUUGUAGGUCCAACUCCUUCACAUGUAAUGAGAAAUGACGAAGAAAAAAAGCAGAUAAUGGUUAUGUUAGCGCUGCUUAAGAUGCCUUCAGACUAUUGGCCUAAAUUCUACAAUUUUGAUAAUGGAAUACCAUUGAUCAACAACCUUAAGAGUACCUUAUAUGACAACAGGAAAUCUGUGAGAACCCCGUACAAGAAUCCAAAUAAAUCAAUUCUUGGGCCAGUUGAAACUCCGCCAUCUGGCCAAAAAACAAACACCGAAUUUAUACAUCUUCUUGAUAUAAUGGAAAACAUGCGUCAGAAUUGGAAUGCGGAGAAAUUAAGAGCCGAUACUUUACAGGAACAGUUGAAUACUCGAGAAUAUGAUUACAAUGGAUUGCGACAGGAAAAUCGGAUAUAUAAAGAACAACUUCGGGAUGCACGCGCUCAGAUUGCCACACUGAUGUCCGAUAAACAAAACUUAGAGCGUGAUAUGGUUGAACUGGAAAGAAAAUUUGCAUUAGUCAAUGAACUACUGAAGAAUGACCAGUCAUUGCUGAAACAGGAAGACCGGCAGAAACUAUCAUUUUUGAACUACAAAUUAUCAUCUCGUGGGCCAAUUAUGACAGAAGGACAAACAUGUCAUGUACGUCGUAAUGUUUCACGUACACUUUCACGUGGCGAAGAGACUGAUUAUGACAAGACAGGUGACUCUAUGGACAUUUCGUACGAUGAUUCUGAUGAAUCGCAUUUACGAAAUGGUAAAGUGUAUAGAAGAUCACGAAGUUUAGCUGUUCUGCCAAACACUCAUAAUUCUGUAGCUACCAUAAAGCGUUCUAAAGAAUCUAGAAAAAUGAAUAUUGACACUCCAUGCAAACGAUCAAAAGAUGGAACUGAAACAAUCAUUACAACUACAACAAUAACUGUGGAUCCAGAUGGAAGAAAACCAUCAACACCUGGUGUCUCACUCCGACGUUCUAAUCGGUCAAUGUCAGAGUCAAAUAUUCUAAAUCAAAACGAAGAAACCAUAGCUGAAUCGACGAUUAAAUUUAAUGAAGUCACACCACGAUGUGGAGCCAGUGCUCUCGAUCUACACACUUCAUUUACUACUGUAAAAACUUGGACUAAUGGUUCUUCAAUCGAAACUCGACCACAUACUUUUGCCAAUUUCACAUCGAUUCUUGGUGAUCGAUGUGAGGUAUGCAACCGUUGGAUUGGGCUCGCUGGAAAAGCAGCUUACAAAUGUACAGAUUGUGGCAUUCGUUUACAUAAACUGUGCACAAGAAAUGCUCCGAUUCCCUGUGUGCCUCGAACAGCAACACCUCGAACUCCUGGAAAGCAACGUCCUCGGCUGAAAGAUUUCUGUCCAUCAGUUCAGCCGAUGAUUCCAUCUCUCAUCAUACAUUGCGUCUUGGCUUUAGAUAAGGAUCGUUUAAGUACAGAAGGCAUUUAUCGAAUUCCCGGACAGGAAUCGCAAAUUGUUAAACUGCUAAAUGAAUUCAAAAACGGUCGCUCGCUGCCAAAAUUAGAAUAUCACGACACAGAGACAAUCACUGGCUGCAUAAAACGUUUCCUAAGGGAAAUAAGGGAUCCAGUAAUUCCGAUGUCGUCUUGGGAUGAAUUUGUAAGUGCCGCUGAACGAGAUGACCUCGAGGCUUUGAAACGCUCAGUGAUGGAUUUACCCUUUCCAAACAGAGACACUCUCGCAUUUCUUUGCUCUCAUUUUCAACGAGUUUGCGAUAAUCGUUCACGAAACAAAAUGUCGCCAGAAGUUCUGGCUCGUUGUAUUGCUCCAACAAUUAUUGGCCACCCUCCGCUACGUGCCACAACUAUAACACAGAACACUGAUGAUGUAGCAAAACAAAUUAUGGUACUAUUGGCUUUGCUUAAAAUGCCACGAGAUUACUGGCCAAAAUUUUAUGUAUUUGGUCAGGAAAAACCUCUGCUUAAAACUCCCACACGUAAGGAAAGUAAGACUCCAGUCCAAUCUUCAUUUAAAGUGUCGAGUAACAGUGGCCGAAAGGAUCCGAAUAAGUCGAUGUUAGGACCAGUUCAAACGCCACCAACUGGAAAACAACCAAGAGAAUUUCAGCCUUUGUGGAGUAAACGUGGGAAGGUUGUUGCUGAUUUAUACUAA